GAGGUCCUGAUCUCUUUUCUUCAUCGACUGUCACUAGUUGCUUCCUCACAGCCAUAAGUACCUGUGUGCCAUCAAGAACAUCAAAAUAUCGGAUAAAGGCAGGGCUCACGCACUCUGCAGAGGAAUAAACACUAGUCCCUUGGAUAAUGGCACAUCCACUCAUUCCAACCCAAGACCUCACUCCAUUCCUCGCGGAGAGAUACGAAAUCGUCAAAUCCCGCUUCCCUGGUGAAGGGAGACGAAAGUGGCGACUCCGAGUAGCAGAGGAGUUCUGGAAAUUGUCUGCAGACGAUAAAGCUGCCUAUGCUACCAGAAGCGUCAACCUAAACCAGUCGGAAUCCGCACCGUACAAUGUAGACGAAGACCCAUUAGAUUUCAUCGCAGGCGAAGACGCGCCAGGGCUUGGCAUCGUCGUUCGAGCAGAUUUCUCUAACGAAGAUGCAUGGCAAACCUUCCUCACAAAAUUACAAGAAGCCGAAGCUGAAUUCGUUUCUGAAGUGGCGAUACACCCUGAAGGAACAGAAGAAGGCGAUGACCAUGGGGAAGGCGAUGAAGACCAACAGAUGAAUGAGGAUGAACCUCAGGCGUCUAGUUCAAGUGUAGUAAACGCCGAUGAAGAAAUGGACGAGGAUGAAGACGGCCCAUCUGAGUCCUCUCCGAUUUUCGCUAUCUUCAACCCUACACCCAAUUCACCCCUUCGUGGGCUCCUCAGCAGCGUUCAUUCCCCUCUGGCGUCACAGGCACACCCGACAAACUUGAACAUUCUCCGUCUCCUCACUGAUGUCGACAUCAGACGUGUACCUACACCACCUCAGGGUACAAAACGCAUAAAACCACCCAACCGCUUGGUUGACUAUGAUCAGUGGCAGGAGGUAUACAAAGGGAAGGGGAUCUGGGUAUAUGAUGAACGGAGCAAUGUUGAUCAAUGUGUCCGUGUUGUCAGCUUGGAAGGAAGUGCCUGCUAUGGAACGGCAACAGCGGACAGUUGGCGAGCUCGUGUGAGCCACAUCUGUGAACUUCAGGUCAACCUAUCAUCUGGUGCAAUGACGAUCGACUUUGGUGGGUUGGAUCGGUAUGAUUAUGGUGAACGAGUCAAGAACAUGGAAGAAGCGGAGCGUGGCAUUGUAUGAUAUGAUAUCCGCACCGCAUAGACGGGCAUGACUGCCAUCCGUGAAAAGUGAUGUAUAGGUACGGUAUUUAGGUUACCACACCACACUGAUCACAAACCCAACUUCGCCGUGAAUCCCAGACCUAGAGUAGAUAAUUAAGCUAUUACUGCACAGCUGGAUUGCAAUACAUAUACAUCGAUACCAUCAACCU